CCGGGACUCGUCCUCAUCCGAGGCACCGGCAACCGGGCUUUCCUCUACGGCACGGCUCCCACUCUCAUCCUGUGACUGCAUGCAAGUUUCUCUCCCCACCGCCCCCCAUUCUCCGCUCAGCGAACUGCUGUAGUUCUUCUCCGCUCCUGUCAAAGCAAAUUGGCGACCUUGACGGUGCGCUCUGGGGAGGAACUUUACGGGGGGUGUGCUCCAUUUGUGGCGCUCCUCUUCAGAAAGGAAAGGAUUCGAGGAAAAGUCUGUUCUGUGCUUUGGAGAAGAAGAAAAGAGACAGAACAAAAACACCUAAGCACUCCGCCGGGGACAAGGCGAAGGAGGAAGUUAAGUAAAGAGAAGACGAAGAAAAAGAACAAACCAGCAUCUCAAGGACGCACGACGUGUAAGUGGGGAAAGGUGUUCUAUUAGGUGCAGCUUUCCUUCUUACAGGUGCAGCAAGAGACAGACUGUACUUGGACUUAACCUGGAUUCAUCUGAUUGAGUUGCAUCCUUCAGAUAAACAAACGCGCUCUGUUUCGGUACUCCUACGGAAAUAUUUUACCAUCAACGAGGCUCGUGGAACUGCAGCGAACUUAGACUGUAAAACAAACACACAGUUUGACCGAAUUUCUCCGGUCACCACAGGCUACGGCAGAGGCUUGGUUUUGCGCUCCGAGGUCGGUGCGCUCUGCUCGACUUUAGUGGUCGCAGGUCCUCCUGACAGAGAGAAUCAAGCAGCAGGCGAACGGCACCACAGCCACGGCGGGACUCGGCCACUACGGCAUGCUUAAAGCUCACCGGGCACUUGUUGUCCAGUCCUCCCGGUUUGGGACCAUGUUUGAGGACUCCUUUAACAGAUCGAUGUGGCGCGUCGCAUGGAUUUUAUUUUUUUCCUUACUCAUCCACUGCGCACAACCUCAAGGGUCGCGGGGGGCGCUGGAGCCUAUCCCAGCUGUCAUAGGGCGAGAGUUGGAUGAAGAAAUUGCCAUAAUAUCCUACACUGUGUGGAAAAAUGAAGAUGACGUGCCUCCCUACUUCAAGACAGAGCCAGUGCGUAGCCAGCUCCAUCUGGAACGUAACAGGCUGGUGCUGACCUGCAUGGCGGAGGGAAGCUGGCCACUAGAGUUUAAAUGGAUCCACAAUAGCACAGAAUUAACACGCUUUUCACUGGAGUACAGGUACCUAAUCCCUUCACUGGACCGCUCCCAUGCUGGCUUUUACCGCUGUAUUGUGAGAAAUCGGGUGGGAGCCCUUCUGCAGAGGCGCACAGAAGUACAAGUGGCCUUUAUGGGCAGUUUUGAGGAAGGCGAACGUACCCAGUCAGUCUCUCAGGGAGAGGGUGCUGUGAUUCCAGCACCACGCAUUCGCAGCUUCCCUCAGCCACAAGUCACCUGGUUCAGAGAUGGGCGCAAGAUUCCACCCAGCAGCCGCAUUGCCAUUACUUUGGACAACACACUGGUUAUCUUGUCUACCGUGGCACCCGAUGCCGGACGCUACUAUGUGCAAGCUGUAAAUGACAAAAAUGGAGAGAACAAGACCAGCCAGCCCAUCACCUUGUCAGUAGAAAAUGUUGGAGGUCCAGCAGAUCCCAUUGCCCCCACCAUUAUCAUCCCUCCCAGGAACACCAGUGUGGUCACAGGCACAUCAGAGGUCACGAUGGAGUGUGUGGCCAAUGCCAGACCUCUUAUCAAGCUGAGUAUCACAUGGCGUAAGAACGGCGUGUUGGUGAACAGCGGUUUGAGUGACUUCAACCGCAGACUGACCAUCCUGAGUCCUGUGGUGAGCGACGCCGGCUACUACGAGUGCGAGGCCAUUCUGCGCAGCAGCAGCGUGCCUUCAGUCAGUGCUGGAGCUUAUCUGCAUGUCCUUGAGCCACCACAGUUUAUAAAGGAACCGGAGAAACACAUCACAGCUGAGAUGGAGAAGGUGGUUGACAUUCCCUGUCAGGCACGGGGAGUGCCCCAGCCAGACAUUGUGUGGUACAAGGAUGCUUUGCCUAUCGACCCAGUGAGGACACCCAGGUACAGGGUGUUGGUGGGCGGCAGCCUCCAGGUCAACGGCCUACUGCCUGAUGACACCGGCAUGUUCCAGUGCUUUGCCCGAAAUUCAGCCGGAGAAGUUCAGACCAACACAUACCUGGCUGUUACAAGCAUUGCCCCGAAUAUCACAGCUGGACCCUCUGAUAGCACUGUGAUCGACGGGAUGUCAGUCAUUCUGCACUGUGAGACCUCUGGAGCUCCAAGACCAGCUAUCACCUGGCAAAAAGGUGAGCGCGUGUUAGCCAGCGGUUCAGUCCAGCUGCCCCGGUUCACCCUGCUCGAAUCAGGCAGCUUGCUCAUCUCACCUUCACACAUCUCUGAUGCCGGGACCUACACUUGCAUGGCAAGCAACUCCAGGGGCAUUGACGAGGCAUCUGCUGACCUUGUUGUUUGGGCUCGCACUCGGAUUACCACCCCCCCACAGGACCAGAGCGUUAUCAAAGGAACUAAAGCCAUUAUGAACUGUGGAGUCACACACGACCCAAGUGUGACAGUCAGGCAUGUCUGGGAAAAAGAGGGCUCAGUGAUAAAUGUUCAGUCCAUCCCCCGCAUGCGGCUAGAUGCAGAUGGUACGCUUCACAUCUCCCAAACCUGGUCAGGUGACAUAGGCACCUACACAUGCAGAGUGACCUCUGUUGGAGGAAACGACUCCCGCAGCGCACACCUCCGUGUCAGACAGUUGCCCCAUGCCCCAGAGAACCCUACGGCCGUGCUGAGCAAAUCUGAAAAAAGAGCCAUCGACCUGGCUUGGGCCAAGCCUUUUGAUGGCAACAGUCCCCUCAUACGCUAUAUCCUGGAGGUUUCUGAGAACAAUGCUCCCUGGGCCAUCCUGCUGGCCAAUAUUGAACCAGAGUCCACAGCAGUGACGGUCAACGGCUUGAUCCCAGCUCGCUCCUAUCAGUUCCGCCUCUGUGCUGUUAAUGAUGUGGGAAAGGGACAGUUUAGCAAGGAGACAGACCGGGUGUCUCUCCCAGAGGAGUCCCCCAGUGCUCCUCCUCAAAAUGUCAUUGCUAGUGGUCGGACCAACCAAUCUAUCAUGAUCCAGUGGCAGCCUCCACCGGAAAGCCACCAGAACGGCAUCCUCAGAGGCUACAUCGUUCGGUAUCGUCUCACUGGGCUGCCUGUGGACUACCAAAUCAAGAACAUUUCCAGCCCAGAUAUGACCACACUGCUGCUGGAAGACCUCAUCAUCUGGACCAAUUAUGAGAUUGAGGUGGCUGCCUACAAUGGGGCAGGUUUGGGCACUUUCAGCCAUAAGGUUACUGAGUGGACCCUGCAAGGAGUGCCCACCAUAGCUCCAGGCAACGUGCAGGCCGAGUCGGUCAACUCAACAACUAUCCGUUUUACGUGGACAGCCCCUAACCCCCAGUUCAUCAACGGCAUUAACCAGGGCUACAAGUUGCUGGCCUGGGAACCUGGCAAGGAUGACGAAGUUGCCAUGGUAACAGUACGACCGAACUUCCAGGACAGCGUCCAUGUGGGAUAUGUGACAGGUCUGAAGAAGUUCACCGAGUAUUACACCUCUGUGCUGUGCUUCACCACACCCGGAGACGGCCCCCGCAGCCCGCCUAAAGCAUUGAGGACGCACGAGGACACCCCCGGUGCAGUGGGUCAUCUGAGUUUCACCGAGAUCUUGGACACUUCACUCAAAGUCAGCUGGAGUGAGCCCAGCGAGAAGAAUGGAGUUCUCACAGGUUACCGCAUUUCUUGGGAGGAGUACAACCGAACAAACACCAGAGUCACCCACUACCUGCCCAAUGUCACCUUAGAGUACAGGGUCACCGGGCUCACUGCUCUCACCACCUACACUAUUGAAGUGGGAGGAAUGACCUCCAAGGGCCAGGGCGUGCUGUCCUCCUCCACCAUUUCCUCUGGUGUCCCACCAGAGCUUCCUGGCCCUCCUACCAACAUGGCAAUUUCCAAUAUUGGCCCACGCUCCAUCAACCUGCAGUUCAAACCUGGCUAUGAUGGCAAAACUUCCAUUUCCCGCUGGCUAGUGGAGGCCCAGGUGGGUGCAGUAGGAGAAAAUGAGGAUUGGUUGAUGGUCCACCAGGUGUUCAACGAACCUGAGGCUCGCUCCUUAGAGGUGCCAGGUCUCAACCCAUAUACCUCAUACAGGUUUCGGAUGCGUCAGGUGAACAUAGUGGGUACCAGUCCUCCCAGUCAGCCCUCCAGAAAAAUUCAGACCCUACCAGCUCCUCCCGACAUGGCCCCUGCCAACGUCACCCUGCGCACCGCUAGUGAAACAAGCCUCUGGUUACGAUGGAUGCCUUUGCCUGAAUGGGAAUAUAAUGGGAAUGCAGAGCAGGUGGGCUACAGGGUUCAGUACUCCCGUGCAGGCUCACAGGGCCAUCCACUCACCCAUGUUAUUACCGACCGUCUGGAGAGAGAGUUUACUAUUGAGGACCUGGAGGAGUGGACAGAAUAUGAGGUCAGGGUCCAGGCUGUAAACGGCAUUGGAGUGGGACCCUGGAGCCAACCGGUCAGAGGCAGGACACGGGAGUCUGUUCCCUCCAGUGGUCCCACCAACGUCUCUGCCUUUGCAACUACUUCAAGCAGCAUCCUGGUGCGCUGGUUUGAAGUCCCAGAGCCGGACAGGAAUGGGCUCAUUCUGGGCUACAAGGUGGUUUAUAAAGAAAAAGACUCGGACAGUCCAGUCCACUUCUGGACAGUAGAGGGGAAUGCCACUCACAGUGUCCAGCUGACUGGUCUGGGGAAAUAUGUGCUCUAUGAGAUCCAAGUUCUGGCAUUCACACGGAUUGGAGAUGGACGGCCGAGCUCUCCACCUAUUCUUGAAAGGACCUUGGAUGAUGUCCCAGGACCUCCAGUGGGUAUCCUGUUCCCUGAAGUCCGGACCACCUCAGUCCGCCUUAUUUGGCAGUCCCCUGCCCAGCCGAAUGGCAUUAUACUUGCUUACCAGAUCACGUACCACCUCAACUCCACCAAUAGCAACACAGCCACAGUGGAUGUGCUGAACCCUAGCGCCCGCCAGUACAUGGUGACUAACCUCAAGCCAGAAACUGUCUAUGUGUUUCGCAUCACGGCACAGACAAGGAAAGGCUGGGGUGAGGCGGCCGAGGCGCUCGUGGUUACCACGGAGAAAAGAGCUCGUCCUCAGCCUACCAGCCGCCCCCUGGUUCCUCAAAAACACGUUCAGGCUCGCCAGGUGUUGCUUUCAUGGGAGCCUGGUAGUGACGGCCUGUCCCCCGUGCGUUACUAUACGGUCCAGCUAAGAGAGCUUCCUGAAAGCAACUGGACGGUCCACUCAGCAUCUGUCAGCCACGAGGCCACAACCUACAUAGUAUCCAGGCUGAAACCCUUCACAUCUUACCAGUUCAGAAUAAAAGCCACCAAUGACAUAGGGGACAGCGAGUACAGUCAGGAAAGUGAAGCAAUCACAACUCUACAGGAUGUGCCUGACGAAGCGCCCUCGAUUCUCUCUGUCACGCCACACACAACAACGUCAGUGCUGAUCCGCUGGCAGCCCCCCUCAGAGGAGAAGAUAAAUGGUAUCUUACUGGGCUUUCGCAUUCGAUACCGCGAGCUGCUGUACGACCGUCUCCGCAGUUAUAUUCACACAGUCAACAGUGCAUCCGCCUGGGCUGAGCUCUCUGCUCCCUACAGCCUCCGAAAUCUGAGUGAUUCAACGCUCACCCAGUAUGAGUUAGACAAGCUAAGUAAACACAAGCGUUAUGAGAUACGCAUGAGUGUGUACAACGCCGUGGGUGAGGGGCCAACCAGCCCUCCACAGGAGGUGUUUGUUGGAGAAGCAGUGCCGACGGCCCCGCCCCAGAAUGUGGCUAUUCAGUCCGCAACAGCCACCCAGCUGGAUGUGACGUGGGACCCUCCACCUGUGGAUGCACAGAAUGGAGACAUCCAGGGAUACAAGAUUUACUUUUGGGAAUUCCAGCGUAAGAACGAGACUGAGCGGAUGCGGACUCUGUUUAUGCCUGAAGGAGGGGUGAAGCUGAAGAAUUUGACUGGUUACACCACCUAUAUGAUCAGUGUGGCUCCAUUCAACGCCGCUGGGGAUGGACCCCGAAGCCCACCAACGAGGGGACGCACUCAGCAAGCAGCUCCCAGUGCUCCCAGCUUCAUUCACUUCAGUGAACUGACCACAACCUCCGUCAAUGUGUCCUGGGGCGAGCCCACCUUCCCUAACGGCAUCAUUGAGGGCUACCGUCUGGUCUAUGAACCCUCCACACCUGUAGAUGAGUCUUCAGUGGCCUGUGCCGACUGUCUCCACUCCCCCUCCCCCCCAGGCGUCAGUAAGACAGUGACGGUGGAUGUGAAGGGGACCGGCCCUCUGUGGUUGAAGAUCAGAGACCUGGCAGAUGGCGUCACGUACAACUUCCGCAUCCGGGCCAAGACCUUCAUCUACGGGCCUGAGGUGGAAGCAAAUAUCACCACAGGACCAGGGGAAGGUGCCCCAGGACCCCCUGGAGAGCCAUUUAUUACGCGCUACAGUUCGGGCCUCACCAUUCACUGGACCCCUGGAGACCCAGGACGUUCUCCCAUAACACGCUAUGUAAUUGAGGCCAGACCCUCAGAUGAGGGUUUGUGGGAUAUCUUAAUCAAGGACAUCUCCAAGGAUGCAACAUCGCACACAUUCAACAUGGACAUCCUGAAACAAGGUGUCAGUUAUGACUUUCGGGUCAUUGGAGUGAACGACUAUGGCUAUGGCUCUCCGAGUCUACCUUCUCCCUCCAUAUCUGCCCAAAAAGUGGCUCCUUUCUAUGAGGAAUGGUGGUUCCUGGUCGUGGUGGCUCUAGUGGGACUCAUCUUCAUUCUGCUGCUAGUUUUCAUCCUCAUUAUCAGAGGACAGAGCAAGAAGUAUGCAAAAAAGUCUGAAUCAGGUAACAACUCCAACUGUAACGCUCUCACCCACGGAGAUAUGGUCAGCCUGGAUGAAGGACGUUUCCCAGCUCUGGAACUUAACAAUCGACGGCUGUCUGUAAAAAACUCUUUCUGCCGGAAGAACGGCGUCUACACCAGGUCUCCUCCCAGGCCCAGCCCAGGCAGUCUUCACUAUUCGGACGAGGAUGUCAGCACCAAGUACAACGACCUGAUCCCUGCAGAGAGCAGCAGCCUGACUGAAAAACCCUCAGAAAUCUCAGACUCACAGGAGGCGCUGGUGUUUUCAUAUGGAACAGGUGGCCUACAUACACUUCCACUGCAUUUGGGCAGCGACAGUGAGUAUGAGGUGGACCCUAACCGUCAGAAGACCCACUCCUUCGUCAACCACUACAUAAGUGAUCCUACCUACUACAACUCCUGGCGUCGCCAACAGAAAGGCAUAUCCCGGGCGCAGGCCUACAGCUACACAGAGUCAGAGUCAGGAGAGCCGGAUCACUGCGCCCCACCACCGCUGCCCCCUCUACCUCCACUGCCCCCCCAGCUGAGUUCACCAAGCCCUCAGCCUCAGCAGGCUCAGGGCCAGCCCCAGGGCCAAGGCAGCCUCUUUAGACCCAAAGGUAGCCGGACUCCCACCCCCUCCCAGCAGAGCUCCAACCCUCCGAGCCAGCACAGCACCUUGUACAGGCCCCCCAGCAGUCUAGCCCCUGGCUCACGGGCCCCUAUUGCUGGCUUUUCCUCUUUUGUGUGAAAAAUACUGAGGACAUAGAAACUUCUGAAAAUACCUACCCAACUUGUGUUGAAGAAGAACAUAGCAUUGCAGUCAGCCCAAUCAAGUCGCUCAUUCUUUAUUUUCAUCAUCAAUUUAUUUUUCAUAACUUACAUGUUUUUUUUUUUUUGUGAGCUUGGAUGUAUCAAAACAUUAUGAUACUUUUUGAGGCGUUUUUUUUGUCCAAUGUGUGAAAAUGUGCCAGUGUAAACUUUGGUUUUGCUCACCGGCUGAUAAAAACAAAAAAAAGGUCUCUGCAACAUCUAUUCACUUUUAUUUUGUUAGUUGAAAUACUUGCAUGGCUUUAUCAUUUAUUUCCUUCUUUUUACUUUUUUAAACUCAUUCAGUGGUAAUAUCUGAUUCUGUACAAAGUCACUAGAAUCUUUGAAAACACACACACACACACACACACACACACACACACACACACACACACAUAUAAAUAUAUAUAUACAUAUAUAUAAAUAUUCUAUAGUAGACAUGCCUAGAAGACAAAAUCAAGUCAUUGCUGACUCUACUUUGACGAAGACUGAUAUGACAAUAUGAUGGAGCCAUAUUGUGGAAGUUAAAGAACAAUUAUUUGUUUGGACUGGAUGUAAAAACAAAAAGCUGCCAGCGUAAAGGUGGAAUUUAUGCCAAAUCGAAGACAUUUAAUGUGCUGGUUGUGAGAGUUUUAAAAUGACAUUGAAGAAGCAAUCAUGGAUUAAAAUGGAAAAACUCUCUGGCCUAUAACAUACACAUACAUAAAAAAAAAAAGUCAGACAGCAUUUGGCCAUAGUAGUAGGUCAAAUGUCAGUGACUGCGGCGUGCCUGAAGGAUCCUGCAGAUAUAUGAAACGAGUGUAUAUCUGUUUAAGUGGAAGUGUUUAAGUCUGUUUUUUGUGAGUGUGUUACAGUGGAUCGAAGAUGCCUUGAUAGAGAAACACAUAUUUAUGAUCUCUGGCACCAAUUGUGAAUGGACUGUUGAUGGUGCCCCGAGACUUUGGCAUCGUGUUGCCUCAUGUGGGCCGGGAAUCAGUUUGCAUACAAAACCCAUAUCUCAUAUUUCACUUUUUGCUGGCUCACAUAAACACUCACGAGUCCGAUUCUACUGAAAUGCUUUGGAAUCCAAUUUAAGAGGUGAAGUCUCAAAACUGUCAUCAGGAACUGUUAUAAGGGAGCACAGCUGCUAGUUCUACAGUGUGAUUUUGAUAAGAGACCAAGAGGAUUCCCACCACCCCCCUGUUUUCUUCCCUGCUGAGAUAACUUUUCGCUGUCACUGAUCACUAUCGCUGGGCAGCGCCGAGCCUGCACCAAGAGAUGAUGUCAUUGAAUUGCCUCACCUCUUUUCCUUUUAUGUAAACAACCACUCUGUAAUAUUCAGGUGUGACUGUAUUGUCCCAGAUGCAAUUACGUGUGUGCGCGCGUGCAUGUGUGUGUGCGUGGUCACUCUUCUCGUGUGUAAGCUUACAGAUCAUUCACUUUAUGUCUGUUUAUAAAGAGAUUGUUCUGCAGCAACUGUAAACCUGCCCGGAGUAACGCCACAGAGGGCUGACGUGGUCCAGCCACCUGCCAGGCGCACUCAUAACGCUAUAGUGAAGACUCAGUGGUGUGUUCUUAGUUUUCAUAGUUCAAAAAGCAGAAAAAAAAUGUCAUCUACUUUUUUUUUUUAAUUAUUUGUGGGGUGAUUUCAUUGUACGCAACAAAAGCUUAUCAUGCAGAAUCUGAAUGAAUAUAUGAUCACAGUACAUUUCUGAAAUAAAUUAUUUUUCAAUGUUAACCAUUCUGGUAUUGAAUUGUGAAACGUAAAGGGGAGAUGGGAGGAAGGGAAACAUGCAAACAGUGGUGUUAAAGGGAUAUAACCCCCUUCUUAUUCAGACUGUGCAGGAAAAAAAAGGCCUUCGUUCAGAAGCAGUGACUCCAACUUUUGCCACAAACCAGUGCUGCAUGACCUCUGUAGCUGUGCCACAGUAAUCAGCAGAUUUCCAUUUUCAGUAGCACCCAUUGAAUCUAUUUCCUCUGUAAACCUUCUCACGCACUCUAGCACAGUAAAUAACAUACAUGGUGAUCACAGUAAUCUCUUAUUCAGUAACGAUACAAGAAAAAAUGGAAAUGUUACUUCAGCUCUAAGUGUGUGCAUAAUCAAAUGAUUUCAACAUUAUUGAGGACCUAUGUGCAAAUCAUACCACACCCAUUGAUCACUAUCUACUCCAUUCCUCUUGUGUGUCUGUUUAAAUCUUUCACAAUGCCAGUCGUUUAGUUGUUGGCUUACUUUCCCAGAUCCAGUUAAUUGGUUGGUAAACUCUGAAUAUGCCAGAAUAUGUGGUAAACACACCAAAACAGCAAAUGUUUGAAGACUUUACGUUAACUUUCCAAUCUUUGUAGCUUUUAGAAUAAAGAAAAAGACUGGACUGAUAGUCUUCCGAAGCUUCCCUGAGUAUCACGCGAUGGGCCACAUGCUACGUCUAGACAUGGUUUCUUCAAACUGGGCAUCAUGGUUCGUGGAAUCACCUGAGUAGUUUUUCUUCAGACACAGAAAGUAGUCCCUUGCUUUCUAUUGAAAAAUGGCCAUUGUGCCUCUAAACAUGACACAAAAAUUUCUGCAAAGUGCAGCGAAUACUAUUUACUGUAACGUGAUAAAAACCUUAAAAGAAAACAGAGUGCACAAUGCCAGAAGCACUCUGUUUACAAAUGAGUUCUGCAAGCACUUGGGAUCUGUCCAUGGCUAAUUAUUUAAUUAAAUCACAUCUAACCUUGUGUUACUCAGGGUAGAAAUAAAUUGGAUCAUUGAAGAUUCUUUGAAAUGCUGUUACCUGGUUACAAAGUCCCAUCCUGACUUCUUCAGCUUUCUCCUGGUUUCCAGAUAACCACAAGUGAGAUAACUCAGUUGGGCCUUUACAUUAAGUGAUACCAAUAUCUACUCAGGACAUUGGUGAUGCACUGAAAAUAUAUGUGCAAACAUUAUAUGCAGUAAUACAGAAGCACAUGUACAGUGUCAGAUGGUGUUAGAUGCUAAUUGUAUCACAGUCAGUCACUUGAUCCAAUGCUAACCUACUAACCACAUAGGCAUGAGAAGAGAGGAGAUUAGAUGGGAUAGGAUUGGACAGGGAAUUGGAACAAGAGCGUCCAGAGCACUAAUCCCUUUUUUGAAAACACAUGGGAAAUUUCCCUCCAACAGAAGAAUCACAGACCGGAGGUUUUUCACUUGUUGAAAUGUUCAUUUCCUUCUGUCUCUCUCUUUCUUCUAACCCUCAGGAAAUGACUGACAGAUAAGAGUGAGUUGGUGGUCCCUUUUUAAAAAGGGAGCCCAAGGUGCCAAAUAGUCCUGAUGAGUUUGAGAACCCUCAGUUGGAAUAUUAAAGGAUUCAGACAGAAGGUGUAGUUCAAAGGAGUUUGAAACCCUGAAUUUAAUUGCCUCAUUUGUGAGCUUCACUGAGUGUGGCUUGGGGAUUUGAAGAGGAUAUACUGACAGUUGGAGAAAGGAUACUAAUUUGAGAAAUAGGAUGUUCCCUCUGUGCUGUUCAUAAAUGCCUUCCUAAUGUAUUCUUUGUAUCAAGCUUAAAUUGUUUUCUGACUUAGUGUACAUUAUAGGCAAAAGCAGAAAAAUGGCCUCAGUCACUUCUGAAAGACCCUUUGUCCCAGAGAACCCCACUGUUCUCGCAGUUUGAAAAGACGCUAACUUUCCACAGUAUGUGGGGAAAGUAAGACUUGGGAAUGUGAGGCAGCUAAAAAAUCGUGACAUAAAUUGUUUUCAGGACUCAUAGUAGGUCACAAUUAUUUAUAUCUCAGUUGAGAGGCUUUUUAUGAGAAAAGAGAAUACCUUUUGUCCCCAUUUACUGUAGUCAUUUAGGCUGUGUGCAGUAUAUAACAAAGAACACAGAGCCACACAAGGAAGCAAUAAAUGAAUAAGGGGCCUGCUUCAGGGAAACCUGCCAUCAAAGUGUCAUGUUCCUGCCUACCCUCGCUGAAGUUCUGACAGACUUAAACAGAGUAUGCCGUAAAACAAUACACCACUAAUUGGCUCAUCAUGUUGAAAUAUAAGCCCUAAUGAUAUUUACAGGUGGGAAAAUUAGGCUUUGACAGACAGGUGGGCGUCAGUGGAGAAUUAAAGUUCACACCUGAGGCCCAGCUUACUAUUGUAACCACACCCACGCACACACACAUGCUCAUUUGUAUGUGGCCUGGAUGAUUUACACAUCAGACAUUGUAAAUUUGCUUUGUGGGUGUGAAAUUAAAGGCCAUUUUUAAUGUAAUCUGGAAAUUGUCAGGAAUAAUUGGAGAAAAGGGCACUAUGUCUAACCUAAUUACCUCCAUGGCUAUUAUGAGUUAGUGAUCAUAUAAAUCAAUGUGCCUGGACCUUUAAUUAUAGUAAUAGGCUACUUUUCAGUGCAUUUGUUCUAAUACUACAAAUUAGAAAAGAGAAGAACAUUAACUCCUGUUGUAAUUGUGUGCUCUUGCACUAAGUGCACAUUUCUGAAAUUUAGCAUGUUUGAAACCAAUAGCAGUCAUUUAUGUGGUGCUAAAAGGCUAACGUGAGAAAACAUACUGAUUUAACCAUAUUAGCAUGACCUUUAGUGCAUGGUUAUUCACCUUCUUCACAAGUUAGAUGAUACAUUGAUUCAGUGUAUGUAUAUGAUAUAUGAAGUUCUGUCCACUUUUAACUACUAGUCUAUAUACAAGCAUUUGUAAACGCGAAUUUUAUCUACAUAACAAAUAAAUGAGUCUAAUACGUUUUUUGGUUUUUUUUUUUUUUUAAAAAGCUGUUAUUUUAUGGAGCUAAAUAUGGGUGCAACAUUACAGAACAGCAGAUUUCCUUGUUCAGAACAGCAAGCAAGAUUUUAUUAUUUUUACCUGUGUUUAGAUCAUGGUUUAGAUGUGCCAGUAGGCAAAUUCUGUUGCAUUUGGGCAUAGCAGAGUUUGGCUAUAACCAGUUUCCCCUGCCAGCCUCAUUUCUAAGGUAGCCCGUGUGGUACAAAAAGCCAGACGGUGGUUGCUUCUCCCUUAAGUGUUCAAAUGUUUUACUUCGCAGCAACUAGUCCCUGUCAGCUAGUUUGGGGAACAGCCUUUACCACUCACUGGGUCAGGCUUGGGAUACUCAAGUUGAAGUCCCAGCUAUUGUUAGGCGUUGUGGAUAAAUGGCGCUCUGUCCCUUUAAACCGCAGCAGGAGGUGGUGCUCUCCAGCGCGGGAGGGGAGGGGAGGAGGAGGAGGAGGGCCGCUUUGUGAGCCACACAGAUGCAAAGUAAACGAACGUUGGGAGCACCAGAACAGGGACCGUCCUGCCACAAUUCUCUUGCUUCUCUUUCUACGGACUCUUAACUAAGUUUGUGCUAACUCACCCUUAGCGGUGUUUACGGAAAGUUGAGAGGGAUAUAGUCUGAAACUUCGCCACCGCGUGGACCUUAAAGAAAAAGGUAACGUUUCUUCGCGGUAACCUGAGGAGUGAUGUUUUGUUGUAUUACACGUAUCCAGGGGCUGUUCUGAUGACGAGCGACGACUUUUAGUCAUCUUUGGGUUGUAGCCAGUGUGUUGAGUGUAGUUUCCAGAAUACUCUGUGGGGUCAGAGGAAGAGGCGUAGGUUGAAGUAAAGCCAACGGAGUGAAAUCUGCAUCUCAUUUGAAUGUCAUCUGCUUCUGGACAAUCAGAGCCUGGCAGUUUGAUCGAGCUCCUCGGUGUCCCAUAUGGAGCCAAAACAAUGAGCUCUCUCGCGUCCUCUGUGUCCUCCAUCAGCCCGAGGAAGACUGGGAAGUACAGGGUCAAAAAAGAUACAAUAAAAGUAACCACCUGAGUUUAAAACAUCUUCAAGAGCCAACAUGUUAAUCUAAAGGGUGCUUUUUUUUAAAAUUACAAAUAUCCUGCCUGAUAUGGAACCAUUUUCUUGACCUAUGCCACUAUAGACUUUGCUGUGCUUUCAGUUUGAAUAAUGGCCAAAAAGCUGUGCUGAGCUAAUAACUUUCGUUAAAAGUCAUGGGAUCUCGUGAGGUUCUUUUUUUUCUUUUUCAAAUCCAGUUUUGUAUGACUUAUUAAAGUUGGAUAUUUUUCUUGUUUUGGGCCCAAAAACUACUCAAGAAAGGAAUUAGCUGGGUUUACCAUUGCAGAGAGUGACGUAUUUCACAUUUGGGAUCCUCUGUGGUAAUGUGCCCACAAACUCUGGCCUUUCAUAUUGUAAAUAAGAGCAACUAACUCAAUGAAGCAGCAGAUAUCCCAGAGUUAAAACUAGGUUGCAAAGUCUAAGAAAAGUGUCCCAAAUAACUAUAUUUGGCUACAGGACGGGUCAUGAUUUAAUCAGAGCAAGGGGCAGAUGGUUGCAUGAGCAUCAGUUCUCUUCAGUGAGAAUUGCGUAACAUUAAUACCGCUGCUGUUGGAUCUCAGUGAAAUCUCUGGGAAUCUAGCAAGAGCUCUACAAUCUAAACAGCUAUUUUCACCCCAUAUUUGGCAGGCAUAUUUGUCCACCUCCCUGGAUCAUUAGGGAGUUUUUUCCUGUUUGUGGUUAAAGACUUGGCACUUACCUCUUAUGGUCAUCAUCCCGCCUGAUGAACUGAGUAAUUUGCUGUAAGAGUUGCCACAGUGGCUGUAUACGUGCCCGGCCUCAUUCAUCAUGCUCUAAAUGAAGGCUGUAUAGUGUGUGCCCGACUUUAACUACACUGUCCAUAAAGUCUGCAGGUCCGUUUUAUAACAUUCUGUUUCAUUAUUCCUCACUCAUCGUCAGCUCUUCACGCUUGUUAAGCUGUCGGUCUGGACAAUAGUGAAAGGACGCGUUGACUGAUGAGUUCAGGUCUGGUGUUGACUUUGUGUGACUAUUGCCCUUGUCCUACACACAAACACAGAGCAGUAGUUAACAAGAGCCCAAAGGUUGGUCUGUUCUUGUCAUUUUGCUCGAUGAAUCAUUUACGUACUCUGCACUGAUAACUCUAAAUCAAAGAACUUAGACGAGUGCAAAAAACUAGACUAGACUAGAGAAAUCUUGUCUUAACUCCAACACUGACUUGUCACCAUCCUGCCAGCGCUGCCACUCUUUUUUUCCUGGCAUCCUCUUGCGUUUCUCUGUCUUCUUUCCAGUGACAACAGUGCUGCAUUACUGCACACACUUCAGGCCUUUCAGCUCCUUAGUGGAUGUCUUCUCCAGGGCUGCCAGGCAGAUACCUCACCAUCGAGAUCUAUUGUGUCCACUGCACAGCCAGUAGGGGAGGGAGAGUAUGUGUCAUCUCUGACUGUGCUUUUUUUUUUUUUUUUUUGCGCUAUGGAGGCUCUUUCAGUUUCCUCUGGAGGAUACUCCUGCUGCGUUUUGAGGAAGCUGGCUACUUUCCCAACUCUUGGCUGUGGUGAGGUCAUUACAGUUUUAUAUUAGAAAGAGGGUGUGCAGUAGUAGAGGUUGUGGACGUGCAUUUAAACUCAUGUACAUGAAAACAUUUACUUCAGGCAGUUUUUGUGUAGUUAGUAAAAACUGAGGGCACCUCAUUUCCUUAUAGACUUUCUGUUUUAUUUGUGUGUCUGGGUUUCAUACUACGUGACGGUUUAAUGUAAGAGCAGAAACAUUUUUCUUUUUGUUUUUAUUAGGCGAUAAAUAUAAAUUGGUUAACCGGAGUCAGAUGUGACAACUUGGAGUAAUAUUCCCAUGCCUUAGGAAAUGGCCUUGUAAAUUGUUUGCUCAUCUACCUUUAUUCCAAGCUCCAUGGGAGACUGACAGGUAAUGAUGAAAGAAUGUCUUGACAUUUGGCUCAAAGAGGGCAAUUUGCAGCAAGCAAAAGGUCAUUAUUGAGUUAUUCGUGUGAAUUAAUACCUUUUGGAUUUACAUUGAAAAAAAGCUCUCCAGAGCUUUGAAACUAUGGAGGCCUGAUCAUUUCUGCAAAGUCUGAAUCAUUUCACGAGUGACGCAUGUGCACAUUUUUUUAAGCUGUUCUUUCUGGUUAUGUUGAACUCCCCAAGGAAAGUUGCUUUGUCUCAGACAAUUACAGGAUUCACCCCACCUGCAAAGAAAGCAAUGAGGUCUUUGAAGAGCAGUCAUGCUGAGGAUGUUUGACUUAACCUUUGAACAGACUUGAUAUGAAAAGCAACAGUUUAAUAUUUUAUCAGUGUCUUCAGGUUUUUGCAAAUUAUAGUUAACUCUGAAUGUCAGAAAAGAAAAACAAAUUAAUCAGAGACCAUCAUUGUCUUAUUUGAUGGCAAAUUAGAGGAAAAAGUACGAAAUUGUUCACAUAGAAACUUGGACAUGUAGACAUGUUUUGUAGCAUCUAUGUUCUACAAAUAAUUGCAUAAACAUUUAGCAACUUGAACUAAUCUGAAACAGUGAUACAACAGUUCUUUUUUUGUCAUUUCAUUUCACAUGACAUAUCUUUUCUCAGAAGAAGAGUGUGCUCUCUUUUCUUUCGAAACAGCCCCUAUGCAUCUGACACCCCAUCACCAUGCCUAUGCCUUUUUUUGGUUAUCAAUGUAACCUAACCAGUUCAACGGGAAAAACGUUUUACUUUGCGUUGCUAAACACUAAAGUCAUUUUGUCCUCUCCCAACAACAGGCUGACAGCAUAGAGUAGAUUUCAAAAUCUGUCACGCAGUAAUACUGUAUGUUUUGGCACAGUAUGAUCUCGUUUUUGCAUCACCUGUCACUGUUGAUGUCUUAAACUCAAUUGUUUAAACUGUGAAACCAGUCUGGAAAAUUGGCACGCGUGACGCAAGGCAUUUCAAAACCGCUGAAUGUGGCCGGCUUGACUCGAUCCCAUGUUGCAAAGUUUCAGAACACCCUCUUUGGUUUCAGUUAUGUUGAAGAAGAUAACAAAACAAUACCCAACAUCAGGGUGAUUGGCGUGUCCAAAUCACAUAAUCCAAAAUCCUGUUGUUGGACCAGUGUGGUUACACAAAUCUACUUUGCAAGAUGUGUUGCAGCAACUUUUAAACAAGGUAAUUAUUUUUCUUCCAGUUACACACUGGUAUGGGUACCUUGGCUGCCAAUACAGGGUACUGAUCCAGCACCAGUGUUAGAUUAAUAAAGCUUUUCCUUACUGAGAGGAAAGGACUGGGAGUUUUGCUUUAUGUCUAAGACAGCAUGAGGGUCAAUUGAAAGAUUGCUUUCCUAACUUCAAAUUUAAAUUUAAAAUGUAGCAAAAAUGUUUUUAAAUGGUCUUUUUUUUAAUCUAUCAACAGGACCUAGACCAUAAAUGGAAUGAUUAUUUAGCUAAUUUAUUUGCUUUUGUCAUAGUUCCGCUCAAAAUAAAAGUCUUUACUGCAUCUUUCUGUAAUUCAUGGUCUCUGUUUCACAUUGAGUUUACCUUCUCAAAUGGAUGAAGUAACAGAUAAGAAGUCUUAUCAGAUGGUGGUUCAGUGGUUAGCUCUGUCCCUUACAACAAAUGGGUCCUAGGUGCAUACGGAGGUUGGAUAUUCUCCCUGUGUUUGCACAGGUUUUCCAUGAGAGCUCCUCUUUCUCAUGCCAUUGUAAAAACAAAACAAAAAAACACCCUCUGUUAUCACUGUCCAUGUCGGCCGACGGACUGUUGACAUAGGCUUGGAUCAUAUACUAAACUACCAACCUGUUGGCUCCUGUUAGCUUCCUCCAUGCUUUGUUAGCUCUUUCAGUAGCAACCAGUGCACUGCUGCUGACACAUAGUUUAAUAUAUAUAGAACUCCCCAGAAUUGCAUUGUUACUGGGGCCUGUUGAGUUUUGCUGAUCCAGGAUUAAAGCUCAUGAUGAGGACCUCCUCAUCAGAGUUGGUGAUCAGGAGCUGGUAGUAUGCUAGUAACAGGCAUAGAGUUGAAUAGAAAUGUGUGUAAACUACAUCAGCUCUUUCAGCUGUACUGGCAACAGUGGAAGCUUUCAUGCAAUACAGAGUUGAUCAUUAAACAGUUAUGAUUGUAUUACGUCCUUUUACUUACCCUUAAUUACUGACACAGUAUUGCAAUUAAUAGGAUGUAUUUCUGCACCAUAUGUGCCGACUCUUGUAGACUUGGAUAAUAUAGUGUAGAAAAACAAACCAAAAAUAAAAACACAGUAACUGGUGGUGUGCAGCUGGCAGUUUUUGUCCAGUCAUUGGCCUUUUUUACACUCCAAUGAGCCAUCAUUGUUUUCCAGCAUUGAGUGACCACAGAAACAGGUGGUUUUGGCCUUAAGCAUACUAAAAGGACAAAGGAAGUAUGUUGGUCACCACUGUGACUACCAGAUGACAAAGUCAUGCAAGGAAACCAGUUCAGGAGAUGGGAACAGUCACAUGAGUUGUUGUGGGUUCUUGUCAUGCAUAUCUGAUAAUCCUGUGAGAAUCACACAUUUCCUGCCUGAGCUUAUAGAGGUCCUUUUCUAGGUCAGCAGUUCUGUGUUGUGAAUGGACUAGGGUGAAGUUGCAAUACCUAAAUUGAUAAGGAUCGAAGUUCCUUUGUCUCUUUGUUUUAACUGAAUGUGUUUCAGUGUCGUUUACAUGAAUCAGCUUUGAGGCCUGUCCUGUGUGAGCUUACCUGCAUUAGUCUGUUUCCCUUUAUAGGUAUGUGCGUGUGGUUUUGGGUGUGCCAGAAGGGUUUGGUUCGCGCCUUCCUCUCUGUUGUUUUGUUUUCCAUUGUGCUUUGUGUGUCUUUGCUGGCUUCUCAGUUACAAGUACAGUUUGUCUAAAUCCAAACUGGGAGCUAGUGAGAUGUGUGUAUAUACUUGGGUUUUUGGGGGGUGGGGGUUGUUUGUGGAUGUGUGAGACUCUUGAACACAUUUGUCUUAGUUCAAACUUAGUGGCUGAUGGACUUUAAACUUAUUGUUCACACCCACAGCAGGUUGAGUGUAUGCACUCUACUAAUUAAGACUUUAUGCUGCCAGUUUCCAGGGAAUCAAAGUUGUUAUUUGAGUGCCAAAUCAAAGUAGUAUGCCAAAUGUCUUUAAGAAAACCAAAUCAAAGAAAGACGAACUGCAGUAAGAUGACACCGAUGAUACUUGAAAGGUUUUUACUGAGAAAAUCAGGUGGUGAUGCAUGAAAGCUCUUAGGUUUUGGCUCUUCUCUCGUCUGGCUCAUAGAUAAACAGAAUUUAUUGUUACGAUUUUUUUCCUAAAUUGUUAAACUUGAAUCUCAAGUUCGUUCUGACCCAACUCCCAAUUAUAUUUAAUUAGAUUAUUGCACUGACUAAUCAUUUAUCUCAGUUACCUUACCAAUAAAUGACCUUGAUGCAUUAUUUAGCUCUUUAUUUAUAUUGGCAGUCACGUAGGAUGAUGAUAGGGCGCUUUGGCUAUGACUAUUGCCCAACCCUUGAGGAGCAACUGAGAUGUAAUUUAUCCUUGUGUGCUAGUUGGACAUUCCUGAAGAGUCACUCUGGUAAGAACUUAAACACAUGCUCACUCACAGCAAGCACAACAUCUACACACAGCACUAACAAAAUCACAGUGGAUGUAGGUAAAUCAAGGAAGGGUGCAAUUAAGCUUACAAUAUGCUUCAGGAGUGCAGUAGCUGUGUACCGUGUUCCAGUUUUUAUCUCUGUUGUCUUGUUAUGGCGUUUUUCAGCUUCUCAGCUGUUGUGAAUUGCUAUUAUCUGGUUGAAGUGACUAAGUUUGCGGGCUUGGGUGUUCUCUUUGGUCAGCGAGUGUAUAGCCUGCUGCAGUUGGUGUCAUUAAAGUGAACACCAUGGGGCUUUAUUAACUCAUCUUGUUUGUCAGGGCUCUCUGCUUAAGGUCUUUAUAGUCAGUUUGGGUAUUUGAGUUUAGCAAGGAGGCUGCUGAUUUAAAAAAAAAAAAAAAAAAAGACAG